AAUGAACCAUGCCGCAGGCGUCCUACAAGCUAGUAUUUGUAUCGUGUGUGCAUCCUAUCUGAGUUAGGCAGCACUUCAGCUGGAUUGGAAGUAAUGAGCUGCGCAUGAAGGUCCCGUUUCCGGUAUCUCCGAGAUACACGCCUCUAUUGUAGUUUACAAUAAGGAAAUUGGGCACUUUACUACAUAUUCAAAGAAGGAAUGGCGGGGAACGGCGCGUUGCGGCUGGCGCUGCUUGCGUCUGGGGCAGGGCGUGGCGCUGUCAGCCAGCUUCGUCAGCUUGUUGUAGAGGCAGCAAAAGCGCUCGAUGGGGCCAGCCAGCCUUGCAGCCGUGGCUUGAGUACACUUCUGCGAGGAUCGGCAAACCCAUCAACCAUACCGAGCAGCGCAGGUGGCAUGCGGGCGCCGGACUCUUUCUCGGUUCGCUGCAUACACAGCAGCGCAGCGACCGCCGCAUCGACCGACUACUAUGAGCUGCUGGGUGUGGAGCGGGCCGCCUCCGAUCAGGACAUCAAAAAGGCUUAUUACGCGCUAGCGAAAAAAUACCACCCAGAUACCAACAAGGACGACCCCGCCGCCGCCCAGCGCUUCCAGGAGCUCCAGAAGGCGUACGAGGUGCUGCGGGACCCGGAGAAGCGGCGCAUGUACGACCAAGUGGGGCGGGAGGGCAUGGACCGUAUGGAGUCGGGCGGCCAGUCGGGCGGGCCCGGGGCGGGCUUCGAGGAGGGCUUUGGCGGCUUCCAAGGCUUCCAGGGCUUUGGGGGCUUCCCCUUCGGCGCGGACAUCUUUGAGCAGUUCUUCCGGGCUGACCCCCGCCUGCAAGCCAUGCUCAAUCGGGUGCAGAUGCCGCCGCUGCGCAUCACAUUCAUGGAGGCGGUGCAAGGCACGCGCAAGAGCGUGCAGGUGGGCACUCGGCAGGGGGCGGUGCGCACCAUCGACCUGGAUGUGCCGCCGGGCGUGGACACGGGCGAUGUGCUGGAGACGCAGGUGGAUCUGGCGGGUCCCGGCCGCCGCGCCAGUCCCAAGAUGGUGGUCACCUUCCCCAUCGAGGUGCUGCCGCACCCCAAGUUCCGGCGUGAGGGCUCCGACAUCUACUCCCCCCUGGAGCUGCCGCUGAGCCAGGCGCUGCUGGGAACCACGGUUCGUGUGGAGACGUUGGAUGGCGGCGUGGAGCUCAUUGUGCCGCCGCUGACGCAGCAGGGAGACAAGCUGCGGAUCCGCAACAAGGGCAUCUUCAACCCGCGGAGAGGGCUAAAGGGCGACCACUACGUCGAGAUUGGGGUGACCAUGCCUCGUGGACUUACGCCCCGACAGCGGGAAUUGUUGCUCGAGUUCCAGUACGAGGAGGAGCGCAAGAAGCAGCGAUAGGUGGCAUACUUGACUUUGGCGCACUAAGUGUAAAGAUUUCGUUUUUCGAAGGUUGUGAAGAAAGGUUUGGAGCUUGGCUGGCAUGGUUAAUAAGCAGGUUCCAGGUGGUCUUCGGUGCGGCUGUGUAAGAGACACUACCAAUUUUCCAUCCCAUUGCAAUAAUGUAGACAUGGAUGGCAACGAUUACAGAUAUCCGACCAUGGAGCUAGCAACACAAGACGUAACUUUCUCCUCUUCGAAGAGGACUACUAAAAACAAUCACACAAUGACGGGACAACACAAACUUCGAUCUUACUAAAGAUCUUGUAGGCAAAAAAAGACAUGUAGACAAAUCUAUUCAAAGUGACCAACUUGUUGCCAUUUACCUCGCUUCAGGUUUUGGGUAGUUAGAAAGCUACCACACUUGUCCGCCAUCGCCGACAUUUCUCGCCCUCCACAACAGAAUGCCUCUUCCUCCAUGUUCCAAGCCAUAACAUCGCUCCUCAGCGGUUUCCAACUUUCCAUUUGGCAAGUUCAUUCAUCCAUCUACCUUCCGCUUCCUUCCAACUCGCAAACUUACGUUCGUCCUCCCUAUCUUCAACUUCCUAGCCCAGAUAACCACCGGCACCGUCCUCCAGCCUCAUUUAACCACCGGCUCCGUCCUAAGGGCGUAGCUGGAGCCCACCCCGUGUUGACGGAAGGGCGAUACUUACUGUAGUGCCGAAAAGAAUGUAAUCUCAAGGGUACAACAGACCAAGGCUGUGUAACCCACCGAAAAAGG